UAAUACUUGUAAUAAACUCACUUUUUAGGGAAGCUCUAAAAGUUUUCGUGUAAUUAGGCGCAGUAGGCUUGAGGUGCCACAUCACAAAAUAUGGAAUUUAUGCGGAGGAAAAUGAAGACUAUUGUUUUUCUGAAUGCACUUGUAACGGUUAUCUGGUGUGCCUCUCCGCGCUGCAACCCUGAAGACGAAUUUCUCGGUCGUUUUUGCAAAGAACCAGAACCUGAAAAACCCAAGUGCGUGGACAUCAUGAUGAACUACUGCGACGACAUGUCCUACACCCACACCAUGUUCCCCAACAUCCUGGGCCACAGGACCCGUGAGGAGGCCGAGCUGGGCCCCGAGUACCUCCUCCUCAGUGUGGUCCACAACCUGCUCAAUGGAGAGUGCACCCCGGACAUCCGCAUGCUGGGCUGCUCAGUGCUGGUGCCACGCUGUGAGAAGGAGAAAGUGCUCAAGCCGUGCAGGAGUACCUGCGAGGCGGUGCGUAGGAGCUGUCGCCACGCCUUCGAGGGUAUCGAGAUGGCCUGGCCCUACUUCUUGGAUUGUGACCGCUUCUUUGUCAGUGACCAGGAGGGUUGUUACGACCCACUGGAGGGCCUACGAGUGACACAGGAAGAAGACCAGGCCAGUAUAGAUAAUACCCCUGAGGAGCCUCAUACUGUCAUCCAGUUUAGCUAUCAGUCUAACACCCAGAUGAACAGCAUCCUGAAGAAGACUGCAGAGCAAUGCCCCGAAAUCGCCACAACUUACAGCAUCGGCCGCAGUGUGGAGGGCAAAGACCUACUAGUGAUUGAGUUCUCAAACAACCCUGGAGUACAUGAAUUACUUGAACCGGAGAUGAAGUACAUAGGCAACAUGCACGGGAACGAGGUGCUGGGUCGCCAGCUGUUGAUCUAUCUGACCCAGUACCUGUGUUCAGAGUACCUGCUGGGGAACCAGCGCAUCCAGAGCCUGAUCAACACCACGCGUAUCCACAUUCUGCCCUCCAUGAAUCCUGACGGCUAUGAGUUGGCUGCUGCUGAGGUCCAGGGCACCAACGACCCCGAGAAUGAGGAGGCUCAGAACUACUACAGCUGGACUCUGGGUCGAGGUAAUGCCCAAAACAUUGACCUGAACAGGAACUUCCCUGACCUGACCGCUGUUGCCUACGGCCGCCGCAGACACCGGCAUUUCCGUAACGACCACAUCCCAAUCCCAGACGCUUACUGGUUUGAUAAGGUAGCUCCAGAGACAUACGCAGUCAUGAAGUGGAUCAGGUCCAUUCCCUUUGUGCUCUCAGCUAACUUCCACGGAGGAGAGCUGGUGGUGUCCUAUCCCUACGACCUCUCCAAACACCCACUAGAGGAGAAGAUGUUCUCCCCCACGCCAGAUGAACAGGUAUUCAAGCAGAUAGCGAGAACAUAUGCAGAUGCCCAUGCCACCAUGUCAGGAAAUAACUCUGAAAGGUGUGGGAGCUUUGGCAGCAUCGGCCAGGACGGAAUCAUUAAUGGAGCAAAGUGGUACAGUUUCGCAGGUGGUAUGCAGGACUUCAACUACCUCCACACUAACUGUUUGGAAGUGACGGUGGAGUUGGGCUGUGAUAAAUUCCCAGCUGAGGAGGAGUUAUACACAGGCUGGCAGGACAACAAAGAGGCUCUGCUCACAUUCAUGGAGUCGGUCCACCGUGGAAUAAAGGGAAUAGUAAAGGAUGCGGAUGGGAAUGGAAUCAAAGGUGCAAGGAUAUCUGUCCGAGGAAUAAGGCAUGACAUCACAACAGCUGAAAAUGGAGACUACUGGCGCAUGCUAACUGCUGGCAUCCACAUCCUGACUGCCUCUGCACCAGGCUACACCAGGGCCAUGAAGAAGAUCCACCUCCCGGCACGCAUGCAGAAAGCAGGCCGGGUGGACUUUGUUCUGCAGAAGGCAGUGGUGGAGCCUAACAUAGAGGAGGACUAUAACAUCCCUUCCAUGGGAACCUAUGAGCGCUUUGACCCCUACAACCAGUUUGAGCGCUAUUCCAUUAGGGAGCAGAACCAGAACAGAGAGGAGAGGCAGGAGAAACCAUGGUGGUGGAGCUACUUUAGCCGCGCCCACGGAUCUGCUCCCACCUGGCUUCUCAGAAUUGAUUAGAGCUUCUCCACUCCAAUAAAAUAGAAUAUUCUAUGGCUAAUUCUAUGGCUCUCGUUCCUCCUAUAGCCCUCUUUCUCAACUCUGGUCCCUACCAUCAAGGUUUGCAGAUGUCUGUUACAACUCAAUACUAGCAAACAUAAUUCAAUUAAUCAACGGCUUGAUAAUUAGUUGAAUCAUGUGUGCCUGUAUAGGGCUUGAAUAAAAAAUGUGCAACCCUGGGGUUUCUCGGGGACCAGAUUUGAGAACACUGCAUUACAGGAUCAAAGACAGGCUACUAUUUGAGUUGAAUAUGAUUUACAUAAUCUUAUCAUAAAAGUAACACAUUUUAACGUUGCCAUUAUUAUCCGUUGCUUCAAACUUGUCAUAACUGAAUUUAAAGAGGAAAUAGCUAGUUGGCUGGCCAUCAAGUUGUUCAUGAUAGCAAUAUGUAAAUUUAACAAGGCAUAAUUAAUUUAAAGUGUUUUCUCCUAAAGGUAGCCCCCAUUCUCAAGCUUUUGCCCUGUUAUGCUGCUUCACUUUAUGCCCAUAAUGCAACACCGGAAAGUUGAACGACUCAAACCAUUUGUCUCUCCACCCUCACAUAUUUGUACGUGUUUAUAAUAAAACAUGAUUAAAUAACAAUAACUAUUGCUACUACUGGCUUUUUGUAUGUUAAAUAAAAGAGAGAAACAUUGUUAACA